AUGAAUACACUACUGGUGGAACAUGGAGCAGAAAUCAACAGCAGAGACGAGAUCUUUGAGACCAGUGCUCUCGACAAGGCAGUUGAAGACUGCCAUAAACUGCCGUGUCUGAGGAUGUUACUGCAGCUGGGAGCUGAUCUGAAUGUGAUUUUCCUGGGCAUCGCUCUCUACAAGAUGUUCCACCACACCGCUAUUCUCAAACCAGACUCUGGCUGCCUGGACAACAUCAAGUCCUGGGUGAUCGGUGCCAUCGCGCUGCUGUGCCUGCUGGGCCUGACGUGGGCGUUCGGCCUGAUGUACGUGAACGAGAGCACGGUGAUCAUGGCCUACCUCUUCACCAUCUUCAACUCCCUGCAGGGCAUGUUCAUCUUCAUCUUCCACUGCGUACUGCAGAAGAAGGUGCGUAAGGAGUAUGGCAAGUGCCUGCGUACCCACUGCUGCAGUGGGAAGAGUGUGGACACCUCCAUGGGCUCUGGCAAGAGCACCGCGUCACGGGUGCCCAACCGCUACGCUCCAGGAAGCUCUCAGGGGCGCCUCCAAGUGGUGGCUAGUGGUGGCUACCGCCACCACUUGAUCACUCUCAGCCACCACGUUAGCCACCACAACAAAAUCUGUUAA